CCUCCUCCAACUCCGACCUCGACCCUUGUCCGCUCACUGCCUUCACUUUCGCGUCGUUCCCUCCGCGUUACUCAGACCAAUUGCAGCAUGUUGCCCUGCGUUCGAGGCCGGGUUGCGGCCCUCUCCUGGACUCCCCGGAUUGCCGCCCGGGCCAGCUACUCCACCACCGUGCCUCGCCUCUCCGAGAACUUCAUCCCGGCCAACGACCCGACCCCGCGUACGCCCAAGCCGAAUGUCUCUGCUACCAAUGCGACUCCAGUGGACUCGAUGGGUAACUGGGAUGCGCCCUUGAGGGAAACACCCGAGGCCGCCGAGCGUACCCGUGUCCUCCAGGCGCCUAACCGGGCCACCACCUGGGCUGCCAGCCAGCAGCCGAAGGAGAAGGCCAUGGUUGGUCCUCGCUUCGAGCAGACGAUAAUGGAGAUGCAGCCCCAACCCUUGGCUGCCAUUGAACUUAUCCACAAGCAACCCGUUCGCUGGACGAAAAGCCGCGUCGUCAGCUGUGACGGCGGUGGUGGUCCCCUGGGCCAUCCCAAGGUCUUUAUCAACACUGACAAGCCCGAGAUUGCCACCUGCGGCUACUGCGGUCUUCCUUUUGCCCACGAGCAGCACCGCACCUACCUCGAGUCCCUUCCCGCCACCAGCUACCCCCUCAAGCCGGUGGGAGAUGCUGCCGAGGUGAACGAGAGCCAGCGGGUGACCGAGGGCGGAUUUGAGCAGCGGUAGAUUGAUUUGGCGUUGAUUUUUUUUAGCUUAGGUUGUUGUACAGAGUACCGGCAUGAAUUCAUUUAUCUAUACCAUUUAUACAUUCACCCACC